AUGCCAGAUAGACUGGAUGUGCUGACUGGAUCCUGUGUGCAAAUCCCAUGUUCAUUUAAUAUUCCUGGCCAAAAUAAGGAUACAUUUAACAGCACAAUACAAACCUCUGGAGUGUGGAUUAAAGAUAGCCCAUACUUUGAUGUGUGUCCGGACAGUGUGAUAUUUAACAGUAGUGAGACGGUCAACAGAUAUCAAGGGAAGAUAACUGGAAACAUGUCCCAGAAGAACUGCACCACAGUCUUCUUCAACGUAACCACCAGUUACACUAAUAAAUACUUCUUCAGGAUUGAGAGACAACCAUUCCUUGCAACAGACAUUGAAAAGUCUGUUUAUAUAGGUGUCAGAGAUUUGCCUUCCAGUCCCAUCAUUACUGUCUCAGGUGAGGUGAAGGAAGGGACCCCUGUCAGUUUGAACUGCUCUGCUGUCACUCCCUGUCCUGAACACCCCCCUGAGCUGACAUGGACUCUCCCAACACAGUUUACACAUGAGAACCAACUGCAGGAGAAUCCAGACCAAACCAAAUCAGUUCUCUCCACGGUGACCUUCACUCCGUCAUACCUUCAUCAUGAGCAGAACAUCACUUGUACUGCAGUCUACCCAGUAGGGUCAAGCAACAAGACAGCUGAACAUAACAUGAUGCUUAAUGUUUCAUUCUCUCCUAAGGACACCUCGGCCUCCAUCAGUCCAGCUGAUCCAGUAUUAAUGGGCAGCUGUGUUAAUCUGACCUGCAGCAGUACAGCCAACCCUCCAGUGACAACCUUCACCUGGUUCAAGAUCAGUGGGGGUAAACCAACACAGGUAGCAUCUGGACUGAGUUACACCCUCAAUGUGACUGUUAGUGAUGGAGGACUAUACUACUGUGAAGCAAGAAAUAGUCACGGCUGUGGGAAGUCAAAGGAAGUGCAGCUGGCUAUAAAAGGAGGAGGAGAACAUCUAGACUCCCCAAACUCCCUGGCUGGGACAGUGUGCUCUAACCAGGCCAGGGUCGGUAGAGGGAACCAGUAA